AUGUCUGAAGGCCCUGAGACACUCGCAUCGGCAGUGGCCGUACCCAGCCUGGACACCAUCCAGCAGUCUCCGGAGUUGACAGCCAAGCGACGAAAGUCUUCAACUGCAGAAUACGACGCUAAGCGCCAACGACUCAGCUCUACAGACAAUACCUCCCCGCAUUCUCAGCGGCGUCGACCAUCAUCCCCUCCGCCUACGACAGAUGAGUCUGUAGAGACGAAGCCUACGAGACCGCGCGGAGGUCGAGACGAGGAUCGCAAGCGGGGCCAGCGGUUAUUCGGGGGGCUGCUUGGUACUCUCUCGCAGAGCUCAAGUUCGGCGGCACAAAGACGGCGCGCUGAUAUUGAAAAGAAGCAGCAAGAGAAGUUGAAGUCGCAAGAUGUCGAGUACGGUGAAUUGAAGAAACGGCGAAAGGAACAGCGUGAUGAGAUUCGGAGAAGGGAAACGCCGUUGUAUGAGCGAGAAGCGAUGCAAACACGGCAUUCGAAUAUGCUUGCCAUGGCACAUUUCCACAAGACACAGGCCGAGCCGGCUCUGUAUUACAAACCAUGGCAACCCCGACCUGGCGACGAUUCGGCGAUAAAACAGCAAAUCGAAGAAGCAGAGGCGACUGUUGCGCGAGAAGUCACCGAGUUCGAAGCCCGAUAUCCACCGGAGGCAUUUGCGCCCGAACAGCCAACCCAGGUUGAAACACAGCCAACACAGCCAACACAGGCUGAAACACAACAACAGGCAGGCGAAGAACAGCCGCAAAAGUCAGAAGAGCAGCAACAAACAGAUGGUCCUCGGGACCAGCCAUCGGCUCCAGAGCACGAGGCGGAUCCGACUAAUUCAAAGUCUAAGGAAACGGCUCAGGGUGCUCCGGACACGGUGGGUGUAGACAUUAAUGACCAAAACCCCGAUCUAGCUAAAACGGAUGAAACCACUGCUAACGUGGAGGAAAGUGCCGUUCAAGAUCAGCAUGAUGCCCACCGAGAUGAUGAUGGAGGCGAGGUCGUUGAGGAUAAUGAGGACACUGUGAUUUAUUAG